AUUAAUAUAAUCCCCUCAAGCAAAAAUCUUCUCACGGUUGAAUGUAAUUGGGAAUUGAGGAUUGAUACCAGAGCACGCUCCUUGUAGAGAAGCAGGAGAAACAAGCCAGCUCAAGGUGACCAUCUGUAGCCUCUUACCUGUUACUACCACACCUGAACCAGCUACUACCACACCGGUACCCAGCAUCAUGCUCCUUUUAAGACUGACUGCGUUCACCUUGCUGGCUGCAGCUUGCUGUACACUACCGGCUGCAGCAACUAGAGUGGUCACCUGUGACAAUGGAGACAACGUCCAGUUCCUGAGCUGUGAUUCUGGAGUGAUCUUCAUUGAGAGAGCUCUGUACGGACGGACUGACGGAACCACCUGCAAAGAAGGACGAACUGCCAACCAGCUGACCAACACGCGGUGUUCACAGACGGGCGCCCUUGAGGUCCUCUCACAGAGGUGCAAUGGGAAACAGGUGUGUGAAGUGAACACUGAAGUUUUCCGUACUUCUGACCCCUGUGUCGGAAUCUACAAAUACCUGGAAACCACCUACACCUGCAUCCUAGCAACACGCAGCAUCACGUGUGAAGGCUCUGAAGCUCUACUAGAAUGUGAUGAUGGUAUGAUCCAGAUCCACAGUGCCAACUAUGGUCGCCGUGACCAGCUAGUGUGUUCCUUUAAUCGGCCCGCUAACCAACUAGCCAACACCAACUGCCUCAGCCAAUCCACCACUGCCAGUAAGGUGGAAAAGAGGUGUGAUGGGAAUAGCCAGUGUAACGUCCCGGCGUCCAACUCUCUGUAUGGAGAUCCCUGUGUAGGAACCUACAAGUACCUGGAUGUGGCUUACAUCUGUGGCUGUGUAUUUGGCCAGGUGACCAUCUGUAGCCUCUUACCUGUUAUAACCACAGCUGAACCAGCUACUACCACACCUGUACACAGCAUCAUGCUCCUUUUAAGACUGACUGCGUUCACCUUGCUGGCUGCAGCGUGCUGUACACUACCGGCUGCAGCAACUAGAGUGGUCACCUGUGACAAUGGAGACAACGUCCAGUUCCUGAGCUGUGAUUCUGGAGUGAUCUUCAUUGAGAGAGCUCUGUACGGACGGACUGACGGAACCACCUGCAAAGAAGGACGAACUGCCAACCAGCUGACCAACACACAGUGUUCACAGACGGGCACCAUGGAGGUCCUCUCACAGAGGUGCAAUGGGAAACAGGUGUGUGAAGUGAACACUGAAGUCUUCCGUACUUCUGACCCCUGUGUCGGAAUCUACAAAUACCUGGAAACCACCUACACCUGCAUCCUAGCAACACGCAGCAUCACGUGUGAAGGCUCUGAUGCUCUACUAGAAUGUGAUGAAGGUACAAUCCAGAUCCACAGUGCCAACUAUGGUCGCCGUGACCAGCUAGUGUGUUCCUUUAAUCGGCUCGCUAACCAACUAGCCAACACCAACUGCCUCAGCCAAUCCACCACUGCCAGUAAGGUGGAAAAGAGGUGUGAUGGGAAUAGCCAGUGUAACGUCCCGGCGUCCAGUUCUCUGUAUGGAGAUCCCUGUGUAGGAACCUACAAGUACCUGGAUGUGGCUUACACCUGUGGCUAAACGAGAUCUUCUCUGAGGAACAAAGACCAGAGACUUCUGGGAUAUCUUCCUCUUCAUUGGCUGGAUGUGUCUUUCCUGGCGGCCUCCUUUUUGAAGUCUCAAUUGAGUGUAAAACAUAUGUAAACUGCAUGUUUCCAUGUAAAGUUCAAGAUUUGUAAAUCAAAUGUAUUUUGUCGUAGGCAUAAUUUGUAUGUAGUAAAAAAAAUACUAAAUGAG